GGUAAUUUUAUUUACUACCAUUUUGAGAUGUUUUUCAUUCUUAUCUUCUUUGAUCUAUUAGAUAAAUGAUACAAAAUUUUGGUUAUUAUAACAAUAAUAUGCAUUUUCCUUUUUAUGAUUGGAGACUCUCGUUCUAUAAUCAUAGGUUAGAGAUCAAUAGCUUUCUAAGCUCUCGAAUUUCAAAAAAAGUCGAUAGAAGGAAAAAUGCAUUCAAUGAGUCAGUCAUUAUUUUAUUUCUUUAUUUGGAAAUUAAUUUAAAUUCAUAUAAUAUUAAUGCUAAAAAAUUCUACAAGAGGGUUAAUGAUUCUUUAUUUUCGAAUCAAAUACGAUCUAUGGAAGGAAAUGAAAUCCAAAUUAGGUGAAUGAACAUAAAAUCAUGAGUAAAUAGAGGUGCUGAGAUGAUUAGCUGAUCAAAAAAAUGAAAUAAAAUAAAUAAAUAAA